ACUUCUCCCCCCAAAGCCCUUUAGAUUUUCUAAAACCUUCUUGGCUUUUUAGGCAGAUAGAAGUUCUAUCAAGAAAAAGUCAGUUUUUGGACGUUUUUCUUGGGAAAAUAUUAUUCUUGGGAUCUUUCUUCUGCUCAUGCGACCCCACCCCAUUAUAUAAUUGGUGGAUUUGAUUCGAGGUCAUCGCUGCUUCUUUGAUUUUGGGGCCAAAGCUUCUUUCUUUUAUUCCACAAGCUCUGACUUUGAAUAUAUAAGGCUCUCUCCAGAUUGUCAUCAACCUGCAGUUUUCUUGGACCUUCCUUCUUGUCCUGUUUCUUCUACUGUUGAUCUUUGGUUGCAAAGAAUUUGCUUUGUUUCACUGUAUUGAAUAUACACAAUGACCAUAAAGACAAUUGGUUUCAUUGAAGGUUGUCCCCCUGAGGAAUUGAAGAAGGUACUUGUAGCUGUAGCUUCUGAAUGGGGGGAUGUAGUGGAUGAUAUGAAUUCCUUGCAGGUCAUCCCGCUGAAGGGGGCCAUGACUAAUGAGGUGUAUCAAUUGAAUUGGCCGACUAGGAAUGGUGAUGAAGUCCGGAAAGUUAUUGUCCGGGUUUAUGGUGAAGGGGUUGACCUGUUUUUUAAUAGGGAUAACGAAAUUAGGACCUUUGAGUGCAUGUCCAAGCACGGUCAGGGGCCUCGUCUUCUUGGACGGUUCCCAGAGGGACGUGUUGAGGAGUUCAUUCAUGCUCGGACACUAUCAGCUGCAGACCUCCGUGAUCCUGAAAUAUCUGCUAUUAUAGCAGCUAAGCUCAGAGAGUUCCACAAUCUGGAUAUGCCUGGUUCAAGAAAUGUAGUACUUUGGGACAGAAUGAGAAACUGGCUUACUGAAGCUAAAAUUUUGUGUUCAAUUAAGGACAAAGAGGAUUUUGGGUUAGAUACAUUGCUGGAAGAAAUUAAUAUGUUGGAGAAGAAACUGUCAGAGGACUGUCAAGAUAUUGGGUUCUGUCACAACGACCUGCAGUAUGGUAACAUAAUGAUGGAUGAAGAGACCAGAUCAAUUACUAUAAUUGAUUAUGAGUAUGCCAGCUACAAUCCUGUUGCUUAUGACCUUGCAAACCAUUUCUGUGAAAUGGUAGCAAACUACCACUCUGAGGCACCUCACUUUUUGGACUAUAGGAAAUAUCCAGGUUUGGAGGAGCGCCGGAGAUUUGUGCAUCUAUAUCUGAGCUCUGCAGGGUACGAACCCAGUGAUGCUGAGGUGGCACAGUUAGUCGACAAAGUAGAGCAAUACACAUUGGCAAACCAUCUCUUUUGGGGGUUAUGGGGAAUAAUCUCGGGUUAUGUGAACAAAAUUGAUUUUGACUACAUGGAGUAUGCAAGGCAGAGGUUUCAGCAAUACUGGUUAAGAAAGGCAGCACUAUUGGGGUCUUCAGGCGAUUUUGUGUGACAGAAACAAUAGUCUUGGAAGCUUACUAUAUGUCAUGUUGAGGGCUUCCAGGUUUUAACCUGUGUGAUGUUCAUAUAAAACGUACCUUUCAUUCCCUUUGAGAGCACUUAAAAUCCGUACUGGAUGAGCCUUGUACAAAUAAUUCUCUUUCUUAUGUGUUUGCUAAUAACUUGUACAAGUUUCUCAUCAACUAAGCAGCAAUGGGUGCUCUAGUGAGCUUUAUUGUACAUGAACGACUGUUUGUUGGAUAUUUAGAAAGUAAGCAGAACACAUUGGUGAUCUACAUGAUUGAUGAUUGUGCCUGCGCGUAUAUAAUUGGCAGUACAGUUUGCAACAUCUUUUACUUCAA